AUGAACGAGCCCACAUCACCUACACUCUUCCCCCUCACCUCCCUCGCCAACACCCCGCGACUUCUCAGCCCGGAGCCCCGUGUCCGUGUUAAGCGUGUCCAUAUCAAGCGCGAAGAACCCCCUUCGGAACCCGCCCCGGACUUCUUUCCCGUUCCUAUCCAACGUCCCCAACUACAUCCCAGCGUCCUCACCCUCUCCCACCUCCGUCGCCGCCGCCUCCGGCACAACCUCCCCCGCGACCUCGUCUCCAUCUCCAAGAUCUGCCGAGAUCUACAAGAGCGAGUGAACGACGUUCCCGUCCCGAUCAUUCCAACCGUUCCCUCCUUCCCGCAUUUACGCUCCGCAGGCCCCGUCAACGUCUACGAAGACGCGGUUGCCGCCGCUACCGCCGCCACUGAAGACGCGGAAAGGAUCCAAGACAUCAAGAUCCAACUGGAGUUGCACGCUCACGAGCUCGAAGUCAUGCGCGGUUGCGUCUUCGAGCGGUUCGAAGAUUUGUUUGACGCGGAGAGGCUGAAGAUUCUGAAGAUGCAGGUGGAUUGCUGUUUCAGGGAUUUGCACGAGUUGCAGGUGGAGAUUAAUCAUCGGGUUUGGAGUGGGAGGUUGAGGCAGCCGUUGCAACCUUUGGAGAAGGUGCAUGUGAGCUUGCCCACUGGAAGUGAGGGUAAGAGGAGGGGAAGGGGUCGUGAGGGGGAGAGGGAGAGCGGAAGCGAGCAGGCAAGCAAGCAGAGGGAGGUCCCUGCUCGGGAUGUGGCCAUGGGUUCUGGCCUGGACAUAGACUUGAACCUGAACGUGGGUGCCCAGUUCGAGGGCAUCGAGUGGCCCGAAUUCACCGACGAGCAAAUCGCGGACAUGUUGAAAGAAAUGGAGGAGGAAAUGCUUGACGAGCCAGUUGACUGGGAGGAGAUUCUGAGAGCAGAGGCUAGGGUGGAGGAUAGGCCUGUGAAGAGGGAGCCGGAGGAUGAUGGGAUGAAACUGGAUGACGCGGACGAAACGGAGACCGCCAAGGUCGACCAUGCUAACGGGGAAGAAGUCGACAAGGAGAGAAUGGAGGAGGAUGCUGACAUGAAGGAGCCCGAGGAAAGCAUUUGGAGCGAGGAAUCUGGAGGAGUUGACCCGAGGGCGUGUCUUUCUUUGGCGCACCCUUGCGAUCCGGGUGCGGGUUGGAGCUGGAAUCCCGCGUGGGGUCGGAGGCAGUAG